CAGCGGUGGAACGAUGGAAGGUAUCUGCUCACUCACCACUCACCAGCCACCGCGUUCAAAAUCAAAGCACAAGAAGAAAGAACCUCCAAUUUCCCGCUCCGCCGUCAACGACCGCUCUCCGUCGGCCGGGUAGUUGACGCGCUGCGCCCGUCAUUAUCGCAGAGCAAACUCGCCGCUCCUCCCUCCCUACUGCCUCUCGCGCUGACUGUCAGAUAUGCCUACGACGACUGAUUUUCGGGACAUCGUUGCAAACACCAUCGGCUUUCUUUCCGGUGGCUUUUCGUCGGCGGAGAAGGUUGUAAAGCCCACUAAUUUGAAGUGGUUGUAUGAGUUUCUGGUCCACCUAUCUUCGAACCACCAAAUAACUUGCUCUGACUUCGCGGCUACCUCCAAUCUCUCCGGUGUUGUGGCGGAGAUUGCCGGUGUGAAAUUGAAAUCAAGGGACAUAGUUGAUCUCUCCGACGUUUUGUAUAAAGAGCUUAGCUGGAGAUUCGAGGAGUUCUUCUCUGCUUUGAGUGAUCAUGACUCUGGGCUCGAAGCUUUUACGUUAAGGAUUGAAAUGGUGGCUUCAUUGCUGAGGUGUUGUAUGACUAUGUUACCCUUUAUGGUCAAUGACCUGGCACUUGUUGAAAAGGGCCGAGUUCUUCUUUUUAUUCUUAGAAGAUUGAUGUCUCUUGACGGAACAUAUGCUAAUGGUGAUUGUACUAGCUCCAUUGCACCUUCACUUGGGCCAUCUACCUUUGCUUGUGCAAUGCUUGAGGUUUUUGCGGAUGAGCUUUUGGUUCAUCGACAACUGUUCAAAUUCUUGAUGGCAAUCGACUCUAGGUCUUCAAGAAAUGAAAUGCUAUUCAAGGGCUAUGCAGCUAACUGUGACACUGGAACUUUGUUAGAGGUGAUCUGUGCUCAUUUCAUUCUAUCGGGUUUUCCUGGGCUGGGAUCUGAUGAACAUUUAGGUAAAAUGUUGUUUUGGUGCCAUGAGAACCAUGAGGUGCGAACACCUGGAAUUUGCUUGCAAGCAGCUUUAUCGUUACUUAUCAACCCUGUGAUAGGUUCUGCACCGAAGGUGUUUCAAGCCUAUUUGAUUUUAUUGACUGCUGAAACCAUUGGUAUUGGAAAGCCUGACGAGAAUGAGAGGGUGGAACUUGCGCCUGUUGUUUCCAGCUACUUCUCAGCGUUUGAAAGGUCUAUAGACCUGUAUGCCAGAUUCGUACCUAGUUUGUGCGUGGAUAGGCAUCACUUUUGUGCUUCUGGUGGCCACCAUGAUGCAUUGUCCAAGAGUAGUAGUCAUCAACUGACUGCUUUUGAUUCGUUUCUAAAGGCUGGCACAAGGGAUACACUUCAUAAUCUGAUUGCCAAGUUGAAUAGUGAUUGGCUUACAAGUGUGAGAAAUGCAUCAUUAAAGUCUAAUAUUGUGGUUUCAUCUGUGGAUUAUGUGAAGGAGAGCCUGUAUGUUUUUGAAGAAUGUCACAGAAAUAAGAUUCUGUCGAUAUUAGCUUGCAUAGUAGAUGAAUGUUUCUCUGACGCCAAUGAAGAAAGUUCCCCUUUUCCAAGCGAAGGAGAAACAAGCCAUGAAGAUAUGUUAUUUCUUUCAUCUAUCUUGAAGCUAAUGACUAGUUCAAUGCUACAAACUGUCUGGUUUCUCCAGAGGUGUCCAAGUGCUCCAAAUGCUUACAGAAACUCCAUAGUGAAAUCCGCUAGUCAUUUUGAAGAGCUCAGCAUUAAUGUACCGGUUGGGAAGCUGUUACACUAUAAAAUGAUGGCAACUGAUGACGUAGUAGUGAAGCAUAAGGAGUCCAAAUCAAUGCUUCUGCACUUUUCUGGCUUGCUGUCCUUCAGUUACAGUACCAGACUUGAUUUCUUGGCCAAAGACUGUUUAUUAAUGAUUAUGGCAUCAUUAAGUUUGUUCCUUGUUCAAGAGGGUAGCCUCGAUGCCCUGCAGCCGGCAGUUGAUUCCAGAUUGCAGCCACCAUUUUCCGAGUGCCCACCAGCCGAAAAGCCGCCGGUGGUAUCCAGUAAUAGUAAGAAGAUUGCAGCUCGAAUGCGACAGAUACGAGACAAGGACUCUAGGACUUGCAACGGGGAAGCUUACUUUAUGUUGGCCGGAGCCAAGCCAUCUGAAUAUGAAGAUCUGGCAGACUAUGUGGAGUGUGAGCAUGGGAAAGAUUACGGCAGCUGGUUCAGGGUGCGAAGAAGGUAUAGAAAGUGGAGAUCUAAAAAGGUCAGAAGUAGGAAACUGAAAAGGAGGAAUUUGAUGUUGCGUCUUUUGGAGGGGAAGUGAACUCACCUUUAACACAUUUCUUGUAUAUAGUUGUAUAUAUGAUUAGGGGUGAACAUGACAACCCAGAAAUCGACCCAACCGUUAAAUCCAAACUGACCUAACCGUAAAGCUAGUAAAUCUCAAAAUAUUUUGAUCGGUUAGGGUUUAUUUAAUGUGACUCGAAACAAAUAUAGACUAACUACCUUUUUGUCUUUCUUUUGUUUGAGGAAUGACCG